CAGCUGUGACUGCUGCCUGCCGAAUUGCUGCUAGGCAAGAGCUGGAAGUGUUGUGAAUAAAUUGUAAAUUGAAGAGCAAUUAACGCCAUCGCCCACACAAUGUCAGCGUUAAUGAAAUCUCUGUGCCUGGCCAAGAAGCUGAGCGCUGUCAAUCCUGCUCUGCAGGCUCACAUUGUCCGCAAUCUUGCCGGCUGGAACAAGGAUUACAAGCCAGGUCCAUAUCCAAAAACCGACAAGGAACGCGAGGCCGCUGCCAAAAAAUACUAUCUACUGCCAGAGGAGUACAAGCCAUACGCAGACAACGGUCUGGGCUUUGGCGACUAUCCCAAAGUUGGCGGUGGCCUUGGCAUAGAGAACAAGGAUAAUUAUUAUCCUUAUGACUAUCCCGAACACAAGCGCAACUUCAAUGAGCCCAUUUCGGCGGAUCACGAUCUGUACAGCGAGGAUCGCUACUCACAGCCCGAUGUUCCACGCUACAGCAACGCCUACUACUUCACGUGCUUUUUGGGCGUCAUGAGCGGCUGCCUGGCGCUCUACUAUUGGCUCGAGGACAAGAAAAUGUAUCGUCCCGUUGCCGCCAAGCAGUAUCCAGCUGACGGCGUCAAGCACUACACCUUCGAACGUUAGGGACCGCCAGGCGGACCAAUUGGGACAGCCGGAUUGUGUGUCGAUUAUUUUUCUCUUUCUUUCUGUUUUGCUCCGCCUAAUUAUCAAUUGGGCAAUUUACCAGCGCAUAUGUACCAUUAAAAGAAAAACUAAAUUAAA